GUAAUGUACAGAGUAUUCUUCCAAUCAUGGAAGCCUUGGCAGAACAUUCCCCACUUUCUGGCAUCAGAAAACAGGCGGCAAUAAAAACAAGUUCACUUUCUUCUUAGAAGGCGACUAAUGAGCCAUUCUCACUUGCCAAUCUGUUUGUUAGGCUUCACAUAUUCAAACAUUGAUUUGGUCAGAUAACGGUUCUGAUCUGGGUACUCUCGCUUUGUCAGUGAAAAAUCAGCCUCUAGAUCCUGGCAUUUCUAUGGGCCCUUCUCAGUCCAAUAUGCAAUGAGAUCUUGAGAAGUCAUGUCCCACUCGCCUGGAUUGCUGGAGAAGGGUAUUUUUGUAUUACUGUCACUGGGAAAGUCUUCGAAGUGGGAUGUUAAUGAAUGUUCUCAGGACCCACCAGUCUGUGGCCCUCACAACCAAUGCAACAACACCCGAGGGAGUUUCACCUGCCAAUGUUCUCCAGGUUAUUCUUCCCCCAGUGGGACCUCUUGGAAACCUGGUGACUCCCACACCUUGAACUGCACAGAAAAUCUCAUCAGCUGCCAGCCCAGGAUUCUGCAAGGAGACGAUUUCAAAAGUCUGAGCGGCAACAGCACCCAGCACGGAAACCAACAAAACAACAGAUUUUGCACCUUCCUGAAUGAGACCUCAAAGACCCUGGAAUCUGCAUGUGGCAAUGGAAACCAGUCAGUAUCGCUGAAGGAAGUCUCCACCUCUAUCGAUUUGCUUUUCUAUGCCACUGCCCAGCAGUCUAAUGGGAGCAAGGAGGAGGUCGCAUUGGUAGCCACUAUCUUUCUGCAGAGCGUAGAAUCAGCAGCUUUGGCAACUGCUCGGAAAAGCCCCGGGAACAAGACACAGACUAUCACGGGAGAGACAAUGACCAUCGUGGCCCAGCGGGUUACGGAUAACUGCAGUCGGGCAGGGAAGAUGAUCGAACUGAACGCUGAAAACGAGAUGAUGAGCAUUGACUGCACGACAGUGGUUGACGCCAGGGAACAAGGCUCUGGAGUCGUUGCCUUCAUAUCGUAUGCCACUCUCGAGUCCAUCCUGAACAAUAACUUUAUCGACCAGCAAAACCUGAGAGAGGAUGACAAACUGGGUAGCACUACGCUGAAUUCGAAGGUAGUGAGUGGGACCAUUGGGAAACCCGGACCCCUCUCCAAACCUUUCUACUUCACCCUGGAGCAUAAACAGAGAAAGCAAACAGAAGACAAGAUUAUCUGUGUUUUCUGGAACCUCACUGGCACCUGGUCUACUGAAGGCUGCAGACUUCUCCGUGCGAACAGCACUCACACCACCUGCACCUGUAAUCACCUGUCCAGCUUUGCCAUCCUGAUGGCUUCACAUGCGAUCAAGGAGAGUUAUCCACUGACCAUCAUCACCUAUGUGGGACUGACCCUCUCCCUGCUGUGCCUCUUCCUUGCCAUCCUCACCUUCCUCCUGUGCCGCUCCAUCCGCAACGUCAGCACCUCCCUCCACCUGCAGCUCUGCCUCUGCCUCUUCCUGGCCGACCUGCUCUUCCUCACCACAGUGAACAGUGUCACCAAUGAGGUGGCGUGUGCUGUCAUUGCUGGCCUCCUACACUACCUCUUCCUGGCCUGCUUCAGCUGGAUGUUCCUGGAGGGGCUGCACCUCUUCCUCACCGUCAGGAACCUGAAGGUCGUGAAUUACACCAGCGCCGGCCAGUUCAAGAAGAGAUUCAUGUACCCGUUUGGCUACGGAUUCCCAGCCCUGGUGGUGGCUAUUUCUGCAGCGGUGAAUCACAAAGGCUACGGAACUUCCGAACACUGCUGGCUCACAAUAGAUGGAGGCUUCAUCUGGAGUUUCCUUGGACCAGUCUGCCUUAUUAUUGUGAUGAAUUUAACAUUUUUUAUCACAACCCUCUGGAUCCUGAGAGACAAAAUCUCCUCCCUCAAUGCAGAUGUCUCCACCCUCAAAAACACAAGGUUACUGACAUUUAAAGCCAUCGCCCAGCUGUUCAUCCUGGGCUGCACUUGGAGUCUUGGUCUGUUGCAAACAAAAGCGGCAGCCACGGUCAUGGCGUAUUUAUUCACCAUCAUCAACAGCCUGCAGGGAGCCUUCAUCUUCCUGGUGCACUGUCUCCUCAAUCAGCAGGUGAGAGAGGAGUACAAGAGAUGGAUCAGAAGGAUUGAAAAAUCCAGAACCAAGUCUCAGACUUCCAGGCUAUCUGUGUCAGCUAUGCCCAUGACCACCGGAACUGAAUGUGAAAAGUCCUCCUGAAAAAGUGGAGACUUCUACUGCAUGUGGGGGAAAAUAAAGCCCAGCUCCAUUCCCAGCACCAGAAGUUCCCUUUUUUACAAAGAAGUGGAAGCUGCUUAUCUCCAAUAUCCUCUGAUAGCUGCUACUCUAUGGCUUAUCCUUGUAUGGGGUAGGAGAGGGCUGUGUUUCACGUGUUUAACUAUUUUAGUACCUUUGACUUCACCCAAGUGGUUGCCAUCUCCACCCUGAAGUCCUGAAUUAGGGCCUAAUUCUGCUCCAGUUGAAGUCAACUGGAGUUUUUCCAUUGACUUCAGUGGGAUUGGGAGCAGAGCAAAUCUAUCCAGUUAAUAAAAGGGGGGGAAAUGAUUUCAUUUUGCUGUCCUUCCCCAGAACCCAAAGGCUUGGCAUUUACCAUCCUGGGAGAACUUGGGCCAGCUUCUCAUUCAGUUUUGAUUGAUACAAAUCCAGA